CUCCUUGGGAUUGGUUUCUUCGCUGCUACAAUCAGACAGAUAUAUAGUAAAAGGGACGUGAGAGGGCAAGUGAGAGAUGAUUCUCCAAUGAAUUCAGUCCUCCAGGCCUUGUUCCCAAGAGCAUCAUCCACCUACACAGAAAAUGAUUGCAAAGCGUCUGGUUGCUGGUGUGGUGGUCCUUCUGGUGCUUGUUGUGGUCCUGUUCCUGUUCCUAGUCAUAGGUGAGGGGAAGAAAAAUCUUGCUCCCCCAGCAGCCAACUUCUUAAGAGCUGCUGUCGCUGCUGAUGCUGGAAAGUGUUCAGAAAUCGGAAGGGAUAUUUUAAAGAAAAACGGUUCAGCAGUGGAUGCUUCCAUUGCUGCAUUACUCUGUGUUGGCCUUCUUAACCCACACAGCAUGGGUAUUGGAGGAGGGGGGUUCUUUGUCAUCUACAGUGCCUCUUCAGGAACAGUAGAAACCAUCGAUGCAAGAGAGACGGCGCCCAAGAAAGCCACUGAAGACAUGUUUGGCAACAACACACAACUUUCACGUAUAGGUGGACUGUCCAUCGCCAUCCCAGGGCAGAUUCGUGGCUAUGAGAUGGCACACAAGAGACAUGGUAGGCUGCCAUGGAAAGAGCUGUUUGAGCCAAGUAUCACCUUAGCUCGAGAAGGCUUUCCCAUUGGGAAAUCCUUAGCUCGUGCCAUCUAUAGAAGCAGAGAUUCCAUACAAGGAAACGCUAAUCUUUGUGAAGUGUUUUGUGAUUCGCAAAAAAGCAUUCUCAGGGAAAAUGACUUGAUAAGAUUUCCAAAGCUGGCAGACACAUACCAGAGAAUAGCAGAAGAGAGUCCUGACAUAUUCUAUAAUGGCUCAAUAGCACAGAGACUCGUGGAAGACAUCCAGGCAGCAGGUGGGAUUAUAACCUUGGAUGAUUUAUUGGAGUACCAGCCAGUGCUGAAUGAAAAUCCCCUGAAGCUGAGUGUGGGGGAUUACACUAUGUAUGUCCCAGACGCCCCCUCCAGUGGACCAGUGUUGGCACUCAUUCUCAACAUACUUAAUGGAUACAAUUUUACGGAAUCAAGCGUUUCCACCCCUGAGAAAAAGACCCUGACGUAUCAUCGCAUCAUAGAGGCUUUCCGUUUUGCUUAUGCCAAGAGAAGCAGACUCGGGGAUCCACGUUUUCUCAAUGUUACAGAUGUAAGCCUCGAAGUUAUCACUGUCUUUCACAAGCUUAUCCAAAACAUGACAUCCACCUACUUUGCUGAAGGCAUAAGGAUGAAAAUUACGGAUGAUACCACACAUCCAGACGUUUACUAUGAGCCGGAUUAUUUUGUUCCUGACAACCACGGAACAGCUCAUCUGUCAGUUAUAGCUGAAGACGGAAGUGCCGUGGCAGCCACCAGCACCAUUAAUCGAUAUUUUGGGUCCAAAGUCAUGUCCCGAUCAACUGGAAUCAUCUUUAACGAUCAAAUGGAUGACUUCAGCUCUCCAUACAUCACCAAUGGCUUUGGAGUCCCUCCCUCACCUAACAACUUCAUCCAACCAGGAAAAAGGCCUCUGUCUUCCAUGUCUCCCACCAUAAUCUUUGAUGAAGAAAAAAGGGUUAAAAUGGUUGUCGGAGCAUCUGGGGGCACAAAAAUUACCACAUCUACUGCCUUGGUCAUCUUGAACUCUUUGUUCUUUAAGUACAACCUGAGGAAAGCGGUGACUGAGCCGCGAGUGCACAAUCAGCUCAUUCCAAAUAUGACAGUGGUGGAGCAUGGUUUUGAAAAGAAAAUCCUUGACGGUCUAAUCUGGAAGAAUCAUGCAACACUGCUGCAGGGUCCAGAUUCUGUGGUUCAGGUGGUGUUGCGACAGGGAGCGAAUCUCUGUGCAGAAUCGGACCCUAGGAAAGGAGGAUACCCUGCCGGAUACUGAAUGCAGUUAAAGACCCACUCAAGCAAACACUUUUCAAGGAAUAAUUUAGUUUUAAUAUGUGUGAGAGGAACCGUGACUAUUAAGCAUUGCCACCUAUUGCAUAUCAAAUAAGUUAUACAAGUGUUAUACAAUGUUAGACAUUAUGUUUGAAAUGUGAGACAUGGCAAAGUGUUGUUGAAAAUAUUAUUGAAUUUUGAAAAAGUGUUUAAUGUCUAAAAAAAUGCUUUCGGCCAUCUAAAGAGAUUUUAAAAGACUUGAAAACAGCUGCUCUUCGUAACAACAACAACAAAAAAAACGCCAUCUCAAGUUGUUGCCUGUUAAAUUUCUGUCAAUACCAACCUUCUGAUCUUAAAUGUUAUCCUCACUGUAUGAAAAAAAAAAAAACCCAUAACAAUCACCACAAAAGAAGCUUAUUACUUGACAACGAAUUGUACAUGUUUUAUACAGAUAUCUUGUUACAUUUAUGUAAUGUGGAUUUUGAACACAUUUACAAAUAUAUUUUUCUAAAACAUAAAUUGUUUUGAUGCAGUUUGUGACCUGGCUUGUAAUUAAACUUUUCAAAUACAUUUUUUUGGGGGGGGGAUUACUCAAAUGCUUACAAUAAUUAUUCCAAGUGAUAUUCAUUGUUAUCACUCAACACAGAGCAAGGCAGAAUGCAGUAAUUUUAACUUACUGAAAAGCAGGAGUCUCUCACCAUUAUCACUCAACCAGAGAAUUUUCUCAGAAUGGAAAAGCAAUUCCUUCACUGUCUGUGAGUACAUCCAACACUAAAAUGUCAACAGGUCUCUUUCAUUAAAUUUCAGAGCAGAGGCAAUUUUUUAUAGCAAUAUACUGAAACUGUUAUAUUAUAUGCAAUACACAUUAUGAAGAUGCAAUGGAGGAAUGUAGUUUGUGGAGAAUGUAGUCUUGCUUGCGCACUUGCUAGUGUUAGUAUAAAUAGGCUCGCAUAGAGUGACCACAUUUUGAUUUCCAAAAAAAAGGACACUUGGCCCGGCCUCGAGAUACUUGAAUUUUACUCAAAGUUCACUCAAAGAUGCCUAUAUCACUUUAAUAUAUUUAAAGUGUGCCUCCUCUAUCUGGAUAGAAUUUUUUUUUUUUUUUUAAACUGAAAACGCCAUAUACUGUAUAUAGUAUAUAACCAAAGACAUUCAAAUUAUCAGCGGUUAUUCAACAGGCUUUAUUAUUAUUUAUAUUUAUUAUUAUUAUAGGCCUUAUUAUUCCUGAAAAAUAACCAAACAAUAAAACGCAAAAAAACAAAACAAAAAUAAUUAAAUAUUGGUUAAAAAAAAUAACAUAAUGCAAACUCAUGGAAAUGUAGUAUAAAUUUGUAUCACUACUAUUUAACGUUUACAAAUUGUUAUUCUUAAUCAAUUGUUAUUCUCAUUCAAUGUUCUAGAUUGCACGCAAACAAUAACCGAAAUAAACUGGCAAUUCAACCAGCAUGUUUCCAAAUGCAGAGGUUUAAAACUUCAUUUCCCAUCAUGCCUAGUGCGGCUUAGCUAACUGACAGCUACCCUAUAGAGGAAGUCG